AAAAAUAAACGAUGUCCUCAUCGGAUCAUCAAACGCCGACGAGCGAUCCACAGGAGCAGCCGUCGUCCUCUGGCCACCGCCACCAACCGCAAACGCAAACGGGGCAGCUCAGCCGCUACGAGUCCCAGAAACGCCGCGACUGGAACACUUUCCUCCAAUACCUAAAGUCCCAGAACCCGCCGGUCUCCACGUCUCGUUUCGAUUAUUCGCACGUGCUCAGUUUCCUCCAGUACUUAGACCAGUUCGGUAAGACCAAGGUCCAUGACCAAGCAUGCGUGUUCUUCGGACAACCAAACCCGCCAGCGCCAUGCACGUGUCCCCUCCGACAGGCGUGGGGGAGUCUUGAUGCUCUGAUCGGACGACUGAGAGCAGCUUACGAGGAACACGGCGGCGGGUCGCCGGAAAACAACCCCUUUGGUAACGGAGCGAUUAGGGUUCAUCUGAGGGAAGUUCGAGAGGCUCAAGCCAGAGCUCGUGGGAUAACCCACAGGAAGAAGAAGAAGAGGAAGAAGAUGAUCAGUUGUGGAAAUACCCUCAAGAAUCAGGCCCAAAACGACGUCGUUGCCGAGAAGGAACCUCCAAACCCUUCGGCUCAAUCCACUGCUUGAUCAGACAUUAUUGCUUUUGAUGCGUGUGGCAUUGUGGGCAUCCUCUCAAAUAACCCUUCGGCAUGUUGCGUAUUUCCGCAAGCAGAUAUAUCAAGGACAUAUACAGAUGGUCGAAAAUGUAGAAGAUGAACUCGAUUUGAUCAUGCCCUCCGAAAAAGCCUCCAUAUUCCGAUACAAUUUUGAGCCAAAUUCUUUCCCGGUAUGUAAUCCAAUCUUGCACUAUUAUAUAUAUAUAUAUAUAUAUAUACAUGUAAUAGUGAAAUCAAAUCACUCGUUAUGGUAUGGGUAGGGUUCUUAAAUUUGGUAGGCCCAAUGGGCUUUUCUCCGCUUUACGAGACUAUCACAAAAGGAAAUAUAUAGAUAUGUAUGUACAAAACAAUUAGACAAAUGUACGUAGAUAUAUAUAUAAUAAAUUUGAAUGUUACAUACCCUUU